AUGGACUUAACCAACCACACCACGGUGAAGGAGUCCGUCUUCUUGGAACUCACUCGCUUCCCGGAGGUGGAGCUCUUCUUUUUCGCGGUCUUCCUUGUUGUGUAUGUGACAACUGUGCUGGGAAAUGCUCUCAUUGUGUUCACCAUCACCUGCGAGUCCCGCCUCCACACCCCCAUGUGCUUUCUCCUGAAAAACAAGUCAGUCUUGGACAUUGUCUUUUCAUCUGCUGCAGUCCCCAAGUUCCUGGUGGAUCUUCUGUCAAAGAGGAGAACCAUCAUCUCCUACAGUGACUGCAUGGCACAGAUCUUUUUCUUCCACUUUGCUGGUGCAGAUAUUUUUUCCCUCUCUGUGAUGGCCUUUGACAGAUACCUUGCCAUCGCCAGACCCCUGCACUAUGUGACCAUCAUGAGGAGAGAGUUGUGGGUGGCCUUGGUGGUGGCUUCCUGGGUGGGCGGAGGUUUGCAUUCCGCUGUCCAGAUAGUUCUCAUGUUUCCACUCCCCUUCUGCGGCCCCAAUGUCCUGGAUGCCUUCUACGGUGACGUACCCCAGGUGGUGAAACUGGCCUGCGAGGACACUUUCGCUCCGGAGCUUCUCAUGAUCUCUAACAAUGGGCUGGUGACCUUGCUGUGGUUCUUCCUGCUGCUGGGUUCCUACACCAUCAUUCUGGUGAGGCUCAGAUCCCACUCCGGAGAAGGACGGAGCUAGGCCCUCUCCACCUGCACCUCCCACAUCCUGGUGGUGACUCUCCACUUUGCGCCUGCUGUCUGCAUCUACUGCCAGCCCUUUACAGCCCUGCCCAUGGACACAGCUGUGUCUGUCAAUAACACAGUCAUCACCCCCAUGCUGAACCCUGUAAUCUACACCCUGAGGAAUCAAGAGAUGAAGGCAGCCAUGAAGAGGCUGUGGAAGAGGCUGGGACCCACUGAGAGCGCUAAUGUGGGGUGA